AUGGGCAGUUCACGGGCGAUUUUUGGCCCGUUUUUUAGUCUGUACGGGGCUCGCAAGUGGCCCGUAGAAGAGUCCAAGUUCGUAGACACCCGGGUAAAUUCCCUGACAACGGGGAAGAGUCGUGACACCGAGGGCCUGGAGACUGCAGCAGGAGCAGGAGCCACAGCAGGUCCCCAGGCCGAGGAGGAGGAGCCUCGAGAGAGAGACGAGAGAGAGACGAGAGAGAGAGAGAGAGAGACGAGAGAGAGACGAGAGAGAAGAGAGAGAGCGAGAGAGAGAGAGCGAGGGAGAGAGAGAGCGAGAGAGAGACGAGAGAGAGACGAGAGAGACGAGAGAGAGAGAGCGAAGGAGAGAGAGAUCGGAGAGAGAGACGAGAGAGAGACGAGGGAGAGUCGAGAGAGAGACGAGAGAGAGACGAGGGAGAGACGAGGGAGAGACGAGAGAGAGACGAGAGAGAGAGACGAGGAG